ACGUCAAUUGACGUAUCCAGAGAUCCUUAUCACUGAACUAAGAUGGCGAUUCAGACGAUACAGAUGAAGAGUUGCAAUGCUGCUACUGUAGGGAGUCCAUAGUGCUGCAAGAAGUCUCUGGUGAUGUAUGUAGCCAAGGUCUACCUCCUGCUAGCAAGUGUGCUGGUCCCUGCUCUAUGCUUCAAUCACUGGGUGGUCACUGAAGAUGGGAAGAUUGAGUAUCAAGCAGCCUCUCCGUUCAACCUGAGGCAACCUUUUGAUCUGAUGGCCUUCAUGAAGCAAGAGGAGAGAGUCUCCAUCUUGAAGGAGCUCAAAGACGAACUCAUCGAGUACAAGAACGAGUUUGAACUGUUGAAAGAAUUUGAUUCUUUUGACGAGAGUUUUUUUGCGAGUGAGCCAAAAUGUAGAGAAGUGAAGUUCAUAACAUCUCAGGACCUCUCCAUUAGCACAGUGCUACCACUGGAGCACAAAGGAAUUAGGAUUGAGGAUCACCUGGACACCUCCUCCAGUAGCAUCCCUGGUGAGCCAUUCUGCUCUCUCUCUCCACUGCCGUUCAGUAUGUACGCCCUGGAGCACUUGGAGGGGGUUCAGAAUAGACGCUCGCUGGUGGCCCCCCCGGAGAGGAGUGUGCUAGCUAGUGUGGGCAUGAGGAUGGAGGUGUUUGGUAGCUUGGUGCAUCAUGCACUCAGCAAGAACUCUACCUCUUGGGUGCUGCUCGACCUGGCCACUCUGUACUGGAGGGCCAGAGGUCACCUUCAUCAUGCUGUGGACUGCAUCAGAAGAGCACUGCAUUACUCACCAACACACAGUAUGGACAUUGCCCUACUCAAUCUGGCCAACAUUCUCCACCGCAGUCAGCACUCCACUGAUGCCCUGGUACCACUCCUAGUGGCCACGAGCAUAGCCCCUCAAGUCAAUGUACUGUACUACAGUCUGGGAAAUGUCUAUGCUAGCCUGGGUCAGCUAAACGAGUCAGUGAGCGCGUUCCAGCGUUGUAUAGACCUUGACCCCAGUGAUGAGAGGAGUCUGUCCAUGUACCUGGGGUCACUGUGUGAACUCCAGAGGGAGCAAGCCUCAGUGGAGAGGAGCAGGAAGCUGGACAGCACUCAGAAGAAACUGGAUCAAUUCUAUGAGAACAUGGAGAUGCUGCAGCGAUUGCAACAACCUGGUUCACAAUCAAGUGUUAAUCCCACCUCCAAACGACGUGGCCGUGUGGACCAGGGUGGCUCAGAUCUCCCUGCUAUGAACGCAGUGCCAGCCUCUCUGCCUAUUAACGUCACGAGAGGGGACACACAGAGGAGCCAAAAUUCAUCUAAUGUCAACACUUCCGGUGAAAAAAUCCGCAGCAACAGUCUCAAGAUUGUGUUGAUUCCCAAUGAAGAAGCUACGUUUGAGAGAGCAAUAGCUAAGAAUAAAACGUUUGAAGCUCCUAAGGUCCCCUCUGUGAGUGUGUGUCUACAGCGUUUCUACUCGACUGUAUUGAAGGAAUGGUGCAGUGUCAGCUUUGCCUCAAGGAACUCUUCAGAGGUCUGUUGGGUUCAUGGUUUCCCAGAGACUCGUAGAACUGAGAAAAAACGUCCGAGCAUCCGUCUCAAGAUGAAGCCACUCCACGAAGAGGAGGAAGAACAAGAGCCAAAAGAUACUUUAAUGGUUGAGCAAGUUGACAACAAACUCGCCCCAGACGAACCCUCACCUCCGAAAAAGACAGAUGACUACCCUCGAGCCUAUCACUCGUUGGAGUUCUUUCCCUAUAACCCUCUACCUGAGCAACUGGAGAAGGUCAUCUUCCCACAUCGUAGCAAACCACUGGCAGACUAUGAUGACCCGUACUGGCCCACCAAGACUGUGUGUCUUCAACUAGUGCAGGAGGUCAGACAGAACCCUCAACUGGCCAACUUCCCAGGAACCUUCCUACCACCAGCAGCAAGAGGAGCGGACAUCAAGCGGAUGUACUCCAUGGUCCCAGAGCAGCUGCCCUCUACAAUGAAACAGCUCCCUUACUGUACUGACAUAUUGGAGCUGCCCUACAGCAUGUCCUCACUGGACCACCUCUCCACCAUUGCUGAUAGGAGGAAACUAAACGAGUCUAAACAGGAGACUGCAUUGAAGAGGGUGCUCAUUGAUGCUGUGACUGGCGAUCGAGAGAAGAGAUUUUCGUUUGAGGAGAGUGCCUUCAGAACCUACGCUGCAAUGUUACAGGUUGGUCCUAACUGGGCACUGUUCAACAUAGCCUCCCUGUACUGGCGUGUGGUAGGGGACGCUACCAAUGCUAUAGAGUGUCUUCGACGUGCCCUGUACUAUGCUCCCGACCCAGCCAGAGAUGUGGGACUUAUUGGAAUGGCCAACGUUCUCCAUGGAUUGGGGGCUUUGGAGGAAGCUGUCAUUGCAGCCAGGGCAGCACUGGAUAUCAAAACUGAGUCGCCUGUGGGUCACUACACGCUUGCCAGUGUGUACUCUACUCAGGCAGACUACGUCGCUGCCAGCCUUCAUCUGAGAGCAGCCCUACACAUCAGUGUCUUCGAGGAGGCCAUCAUGUCUCUCAAACUCAUCCGAUGCUCACUCAAGUUCAAAGAAGAGCAGCUCUACCUACGCAAAAAGAUGCGAGAGAAGGAACGUCAAGCGCUGAAGGGGGAACAAGACAAGCUGAUAAAAGAAAUGUCUGAUGCUGUAUUGCAUGGGAAGCCAUUGGCGACUCGACGAAACGAACCCCCUCUUAUUCUAGAAGAUAUUGAACCCCCAGAGAUCCCUGAGAUGAGGGUGCAGGAAUUAAAGCCAGCCGAGUUUACGGGGAAGAAUGCUAUCCGGUAUCUGACCAGCCUCUCACUGAUGCGAAAAGCCCGGCUGAAAAAACUGUCCGAAAAAGACCGUCUAGCACUCGAAGAACAAAUGAAGCAGCCUCAGGAGGUGAUUAAAGUUGGUGACGAGUAUAGUGACUCAGCAACUAAAGUGAGUAUUCCUAUUAGGAAAAUUCCUGUACAGAAGAAACCCAUUGCUGAAAGUACACCACCUAACAAAGAAACAAAGCAAGAACCACCUGCCAAUACUCAAUCAACAAAACAAAAGACACCUGCUAGUAAAGAAGAGGACACAAAGACACCACCAAAAGUAAAUCUAAACACUGCCGAGGCAAACGCAACCAAUGAAACAGCUCCUGAAAAACCAUCCGCUAAACCUGACACUAAGAAGCCAGAAGUAGCCAAACAAACUGACAAAGCUGCUGAGGCUGCUAAAAGGAAAGAGCAAGCCACCCAAACAUCAUCACCUCCUCCGAAGCGCAAGGGCAAGACUCACGAGGAGAUUCGAGAGGAAGAGAUAAAGAAACGGUUUCCCGGUACCCGACCAUGGCCGACUGUGGAGGAGUGUCUUGAUCAACCACCCCCUAGGAAACUGGUGUUCACCAGUACAUGGCUAUCUGUAACUGCCAAGGGAGCAAAGAUAAAAGAGUAUAUUGACUUCAAGCCUCCUCUGGAGCACUACCCUCUCCUGCCCUACUGCCACAACAACUUUGAGCAGUCCAGGAAGACUCUUAGUCACCUUACUGGAAUGUCAGCUCAUCCACUGGUUCAGUACAAGCCAGAGAAGGGACUACAAGAGGUGCUCUGCAAUAUGGAUGGUAACAGAAGAAGCCUUGAAGAGAUGGCCACCAGAAUAAAGACCUCUCUGGCCAAGUUUCCAGACUCCUGGGUGGUGUCCAAUCUGGCUGCCCUCUACUGGAGGAUAGUUGGUCAGGGACAGUUGGCCAUCAAGUGCCUCAAGCAUGCUCUCUACUUCUCUGAUGACAAUGCCAGGGAUGUUGCUCUGGUGAGUCUCUCUAAUGUUCUGUAUCGCUCUGGCUUUGACAUGGAUGCCCUGGCAGUAAUACACAUGUCCUUAGAGGCAUCUCCUACUCUGGUAGUGACCCACUUCACCAUGGCUAACAUUCUGGCCGCUCAGGGCUUCUAUGUUGAUGCAUCAGGGUUCUAUGAGUCCACCCUGCACUACCAGCCUCAGUUCCAGCCAGCUGCUGAGAGACUGCGCUCAGGGAGAUGUCUGAUCCUACUAUCCAGGAAGAGGAUUGAAGACGACAAGAGGAAAGAGUUGGAGUCAGCCGAGAACACUUAGACUAUAAUUUAUAGUGACCAUUCUAUAUUAGCUACUGUUUUUUAUGUUGUGUGUUUGAUUUCUUGAACUUUUGUAGUUUAAUGUAUAUACAAUGUUGCCAGUUGAAGAACCACAA